GCGGGGCGCGGUUGGUUCGCCUGGGGAGCGAUGGCGGCGGCCUGAACUCACCUAGCCCGGCCGCCGACAGGCCUGGGCAGGGCGGCGUGGUGCAAGCGAAAGAGACGCGUGGGUCGCGGCGCGCGCAGAGGCGCAAGGUGCUCUUUGCUCUUCACUGAAGAAAUAGUGAAGUACAUGAUUUGCAACACUGGACUGGACAGUGAACUCUGGGCUUGCUAUUACUCUAGUUUGGUGUAAUCUGUGGCUCUCUGGCCAGCUACUGGCUUCUACAGACCGGAUGAAGCAGAUUGGAGACACAAGUGGAGAAAGCCUCCAGCUGGUACAUUCUCAGAGUGUAGUCCUUUGGCUGCUGGCCCUGUCCAGCCUGCCUCAUGGAGAAGAUGAACUGGCUGAGCAGGCUGGCCUCCCGGGUCCCUGGGCACCGUGUACCACAAGGGGCCAGUCUACAGACCCCUGUCAUGGCUGACCCUGAGACAUGCCUCAUGGUCUUCAAGAAUCACUGGUCCCAGGUGGUGCGAAUCCUGGAGCGGCAAGGACCUCGGGCAGCUGCUGGAGGUGCAGAUGAUCUCAGUGCUGUGAGAAACCACACGUACCAAAUGCUAACAUUGCUGGCAGAGGAUCGAGCAGUUCCUUCAGCCCCCUCAGGCCCUGGGCCCCUGCUAGAGUUUGCCCUGCGUGAAGAUCUGCUGAGCCGAGUGUUGAUAUGGCAGCUACAAUGGGAUGAGUUUGGGGAUGGGGUCGAAGAACGGCGGGCUGAGCAGCUGAAACUAUUUGAAAUGCUAGUGAGCGAAGCUCGCCAGCCUCUGUUGCGGCAUGGGCCAGUUCGUGAGGCUCUGCUUGCCCUGCUGGAUGCCUGUGGCCGCCCUGUGCCCAGUAGCCCAGCACUGGAUGAAGGCCUGGUGCUACUUCUCAGCCAGCUGUGCGUGUGUGUUGCUCGGGAGCCUUCACUGCUCGAGUUCUUCUUGCAGCCACCCCCAGAGCCUGGAGCUGCUCCACGUCUUCUCCUCUUUUCUCGCCUUGUCCCCUUUGUUCAUCGAGAAGGCACCCUGGGCCAGCAGGCCCGUGAUGCUCUACUUCUGCUCAUGGCUCUGUCAGAUGGGAGCCCCACUGUGGGCCGAUACAUCGCAGAUCACUCUUACUUCUGCCCGGUGCUGGCCACAGGGCUGAGUGCCCUGUACUCCUCACUGCCUCGAAAGAUUGAGGUUCCAGGGGAUGAUUGGCACUGCUUGCGCCGGGAAGACUGGAUUGGAGUGCCUGCUCUUGCACUCUUCAUGAGUUCCCUAGAGUUCUGCAAUGCAGUCAUUCAGGUAGCUCAUCCCCUGGUGCAGAAGCAACUGGUUGAUUAUAUUCAUAAUGGUUUCCUGGUGCCUGUCAUGGGCCCUGCCCUGCACAAGACCUCUGUGGAAGAGAUGAUUGCAAGUACCGCCUAUCUGGAACUUUUCCUGCGGAGCAUCUCAGAGCCUGCCUUGCUCCGUACCUUCCUGCGAUUCCUGUUGUUACAUCGGCAUGAUACCCACACCAUUCUUGACACCCUCGUUGCCCGUAUUGGCAGCAACUCCCGGCUCUGCAUGGUCUCUCUGAGUCUCUUCAGGACCCUUCUGAACCUCAGCUGUGAGGAUGUUCUGCUGCAGCUGGUUCUCAGGUAUCUUGUCCCAUGUAACCACGUGAUGCUGAGCCAGAAGCCAGCUGUGCGUGAUGUGGAUCUUUAUGGACGAGCUGCUGACAAGUUUCUCUCCCUGAUCCCACGCUGCUGUCGGCACCAUGCCCCUAGCCCACCUCAUCCAGAGCAUGCCUCAUGGGCACGAGGUGGGCCUAGCAGAGAAGCAGGGAGAAGGGAGGACAUCACGGGCCCUGGAAGCCCAAGUGUUGAUUCUUCAUCAGUGGUAACAGUGCCCCGCCCCUCCACACCUUCUCGUCUGGCUCUGUUUCUUCGGCAACAGAGCCUAGGUGGCUCUGAGUCCCCAGGUCCAGCUCCUCGAUCACCAGGGCUUACUGCAUCCCCAACUUCCAGCCCUGGUCGAAGGCCCAGCCCUGCAGAGGAGCCUGGUGAGCUAGAAGACAAUUACCUGGAGUAUCUGCGUGAGGCACGCCGUGGUGUAGACAGCUGUGUCCGAGCCUGCCGAACCUGGUCUGCCCCUUAUGAUGGCGAGCGCCCCCCUCCUGAGCCUAACCCUCUUGGCUCCCGGACUAAGAAACGCAGUCUACUGCCAGAGGAAGACAGGGACAAUGUGAGGGAAGGAGAGGAGGAAAACUUAGGGAGUCGGGGGCUAGCUGUGGGUGUAGGGGAUACCCCUGGCUACCUACCCCCACCGCAGCUUAAUGGGGUGCCAGGGCCAUGGCCAGAAGCAGCCAAGAAGGUUCGUCUGGUGCCACGAUUGGUACCACAAGAAGGAGUUAGGGAAUUGUUAGAGGGUACCUCUGAAGGCCUGGCAGGACUAGAGAGCUUUGGGCAAGAGCUCCAGGAGCUGGAGGUGGCACUGAGCAAUGGUGGAGCUGGCUCAGAGCCUCCCUUAGAGCCUCCACUACCUCCUGAGGAGGAGGAGGCCUACGAGAGCUUCACCUGCCCUCCUGAGCCCCCCGGCCCCUUCCUCAGCAGCCCUUUGCGGACUCUCCACCAGCUGCCGAGUCAGCCCUUCACUGGCCCCUUCAUGGCUGUGCUCUUUGCCAAACUCGAGAACAUGCUGCAGAACUCCGUCUAUGUCAACUUCCUGCUGACAGGGCUGGUGGCCCAGCUGGCCUGUCACCCCCAGCCCCUGCUCCGCUCUUUCCUGCUCAACACCAACAUGGUCUUCCAGCCCAGUGUCAAGUCCCUGCUGCAGGUGCUGGGCUCUGUGAAGAAUAAGAUUGAGAGCUUUGCGGCCUCCCAGGAGGACUUCCCUGCUCUGCUAUCCAAAGCCAAGAAGUACCUCAUUGCCCGUGGCAAGCUGGACUGGGCUGAGGGUCCUACAGCAGGACCUGCCCCCCGCCGCUCUGAUUCCCUAGUGAGGAGCCGGAGGCCAUCCUUGGGGGAAUUACUCCUGCGGCAUGCACACAGCCCAACCAGGGCCCGACAGGCGGCGCAGGUUCUUCAACCUGGGCGAGAUGGAACAGGACUUGGACUAGGUGGGGGCUCUCCAGGGGCUUCAACUCCAGUUCUACUUCCCCGGGGCGGGGCUUCUGAGCGCCAAGGUGAGGCUCUGCGAGUCAAGAAUGCUGUCUACUGUGCAGUCAUUUUCCCUGAGUUUCUCAAGGAGUUGGCUGCCAUCUCCCAGGCCCAUGCUGUCACCUCGCCUUUCUUGUUGGAUACUUCAGAGGAGGUAUCUCCUCCUCCCAUCUCAGGCUUUGGGCCCCUCAAUCCUUAAUUUUCUUCCAUGGACAAUCAGGGCCUUCUGUGGCCUGGGCAGAAAUCCAGGACACGGGCUCCUUUUUAUGUUUGGAGGCAGUGGCAAAUGGACUUUUUAAUUUAUUUCAGAUGAAUGUUUUAUGAGAACUUGUUGCAAUAUGUAUAAAAGGGAAAUCUCUAUUCUGUGCUCAUUCUUCUUUGCCACCCUUUAUCUGUGGGGCUGUGGCCCUAUGAAGGUUGUAUAUAGGUGGGGGAAUCAUUGGGCAUUUUUCUCUUUCCCGAAAACACUGAUGAUAGGAUUUCAAGAUAGCCCCUUUACUAUUAGAAGGUGAGAGGACUUGAUGCUUAGGGGAAAAUGGAGACUUCUCUUUCUGGACCCUUGGAAGAAGAAGCACACAGGCCCAGGGUGGUUUCGGGGUGCAGCAGCUGAUGUUUAUUGGGGACCAGUAUCCCUAUGCCAGAUCUUAGGGGCCUUGCCCCCUGCAUCUCUUGCCUCAGCUUCAUUCGUCGCUGUCGAACUCCGAAGACAGACCCUGCAGCAGGGGCAGGGACAUGGAGUGCCGAUCGGGGUCCCCGGGGCCCCCACCCUGGGCUCCUGGUGGGGGGUUGCGGGGACUGAAGAGCCAGUUCUCUGCUAGGGUUGGGGAUAGUCACAGCUUGACUCAUGCCCUGGUCUUCCUCCCUAGUCCCUCCCUGUGAUGCUCUGUACUACCACACUCCCAUCCCGCUGCCUCACCACAACCAUGCUUCCACCUCACCCUCCCCUUGGCUCCCUCAGUCCUUGAUGAAGGUCCUGUGCAAAUUCUGGGCUGCUGAACCCAUUCCUUGGUUAUAUUCCCUGUACCCUCUCCCUCCAAUGGUCUUUCCCAGCCCUCAUCUUCAUUCCCCUUAGUAGUACCUGAAAGCAUAUAGGGGCCCCUCCGGAAGGGGUUUCGACCCUUAUAGGAGAAUCUGGUGGGUCUGCCUUCUGGCCCUUCUUGGGGAGGUGGUGUAGGUGCGGCUGGGACAGGUGGAGGUACGUCAGCAACUUCAGGGGUAUCAGCAGGUACUGAUGUGGGGGCCAGAGCUGAUAUGAUGCUAAGGCUAGGUCUAACCCAGUUGGCUCCUUGGGGCAAUGGAUCUUUGGUCAGAGACUUCUGUGGUCCCAGCACACCCUUGGGCUGCAGUGAAAACUUGAGGCAGGAGAAAGCAAUAGGUAGUGAGCGCUGUAACCGUAGCAGCUGGGGUUCACGGGCUGUGGGCAAAAGCCCUAGCUGCAGCCAGGUGCAGGAGAAGACCUGGUAGAUGACGUAUAUGCUGUGGGUGCUUCGGAGCCAGGGAAGAUUCUGCUGUAGGCUCACCUGCCCUGGUGGUAGCAGCAGGAAAGCAACUUUCUUGCGCAGACCUCCCAUAUGUAGGCGAAUUCUGCAGGGCUGCCCAUCCAGCAUUCGCAUUUCUUCAUAGGCUAUCUCAGCUCGGCCAUUUGGUGAGUAUUCCCGAGUGCAGUGGGCAAAGACACCCUCAGACCCUGCCUGUUCUAGAAGAUUUGGUAGCAGCCCUACUGAUUUCAGUGCCCUUCGGCCCUGCCGACCUGGCAAAGCCAGGCGGGUGUGGGCUGGACGGGACUGUUUCACUAGCACGCCCAGUAGAUCAUAGUAGGCUGCAUCCGACAGGAAAGGUACUGCCACUACAUUGGACCCAAAACGCUCCUCGAUGACCUGCAGGUGGCCAGUUUAUAAGUCAGGGGCUGAGUUAAGGUCAGAGGUUAACUUGUGUUGUCUAAAUUGACCUACCCACCAUUGUUCACUGUUUAAGUACAUUGCUACAGUAUACACAGAUCCAUUAUUUCCCAGUUCCCUGUAUAAGAAUCUAAUGUCUUAUUUUGUGCCAAAUUUUGGUAAAUACUUGGAUACAUGAAAGAAUGAGACUUUGUCUUUAUACUAAUGUAGCUUGGGAUAAUGGAGGGAACAAAAAUGUGAAUAGUAACUAAGUAAAAUAAUAGCAGGAUGUGUAAAGGAUUUCAAAGCUGUUGUCUUUGAUGGAAAGAUGAUCAAAGGAAUUUGGUAGGUGGCAGUACUUGAGCUUUGGAGAAAUUAACAGGUUGGACAGUAGUCAUUCCUGGCAAUGGUCAGCCAGGAAAAAUCCCUGAACCUUUAGGGACCUUUAGGAACACAUAAUUUCAUAUUACUUGCAUUUAAGGAAGGAAGAGGAAAGGCACAUAGGAAGUAGGAUAUGGAAAGUCAUGUGUGUAUGCCUUUCAUAAAUGGCUGUUUUAUUCAGAGGCCAAUGGGAAGCCACUUAUAGGCCCAUGGUGGGAAGAUGGGACCAGGAAGAAGAGAGCUGAUUUUUUAAAUAAGCAUAAAGCAGGAAGGAGAAGUAACUUAAGACUGUUGUAAUAAUUGCAAGCAAAACAUGAUUUUAGUUCCUGAACUAAAUAAUGGGAAAGAGUUGAGGACACAGCAUUGGUAGAACUUGGUCUCUUCAUGGAUGUGGAAAACGGAGGAAUUCCUCAAAGAGCAUGCCUAGGUGAUGGGUUAUAUGGUAAUAUUAGUGAAAAAUGGGUACACAGAUACAGGCUGAUAAUGUCCAUCCUUUGGGGGAGGCAGUUACCUCUUACGUGCUUUCUACUCUAGCUACAAGGGAGGAUAGUUCUUUCUAUGUGUGUGUGAUGUCUCAUCUUUGUAUUGUUCCACUAUCUGUUCAGGGUUUCCAGUUCCUUAGGUUUGCCCUUUAUUUUUAUUAUUAUUAUCAUUAUUUUUUGUUUGGGGUAUUUGUGCUUGGUGACCAGUUCUUGAGAGUACCUAGGAACCUGGUAAGAUCCUCUUUAGUAAUUAGUAACUUAGCUGUUGUAGUUUUGAACUGUUAGAGAUUUCAUUGGCUGAGCCUUCUGGCUCUCAGUUAUGCUAGAUUGCAAAGCCAUACAGAAAUUCUAAGUUACCCACCAUUUAUCUCCCAGAUCCCACAUUAUCUGUUCUUAUUCUGAAUUUACCCAAUGAUCCCUGAAGCUGCUCUGCUCUUAUUUUGUAACAUAAAGCAGUGUUGAAGUGUUUGUCUGUUGUAUUGAAAAAGAAAUCAGGGCACUCAGAGGUUCCCUGUUUUGCUUGAAGUUGGCAUGUUUAUCCUGUAUCUCUGCCCUGAGUUAUUCACUGAGAUAAUAUAAGGAGAGUUUUCUUUUUUCUUUUCUAUAAUGGAAUACAUUUAUGAUAAUGUAAUUUUAACAGGUCUAGUGUAGGUACAGACAUCGCUUCUCAGCCUUUUGGCUAAGAUCAAGUGUAGUAUAGGUAGACUUCAGCACUGUUGAAACCAAUUAGUCUUGAUCUUGGGAAGACCCUUUCUCUCUUUUUUUGCCUCCCUUGCUUUUGUGGUUAGCAUAUUCCCAAGCAAUGGGAGUUAAUGCCAUCAAGUCUGGUGGGUGCUUGAUGGUGGUUUAAGAUGGAAAAUAAACAUCUUUUUUUUUUCCUUUUUCCUCACAUGGAUUUUGGUUUUCAUCUUAAAUUUGCUGCUGCUCAUUCACUCUUUGUUCAUUCACUCAGCUGUCUUUUGUGACUUUUAUAAGUUGGUUGCUACUGCUACUCUUGUCUUAGAUUUCCCAUCUCUUCCUACACAGAAACCACCUAGACCCAGCCUGGUCAUACUUUGCCACUUUCUCCUUAGCCCUCUCACUUUACCUACCUUAUCCUUGAUGAGGGCCCAAGUGGCAUCUGCUUCAUCCAGUGUUAGCAGGUGGGGGGUACUGACCAACAUGGUGGGGAGUGGGAGGGGUUGAGCAAGGUAGUGGCUGCUGCAGGAACCCCCAAGCUGCCCAGAGAGGUAAGGCCCACCUACUUUGGGCUGUGACCUACUCCAGCAUGAGGUCAUAGACCCUGCUAGGUGAUAGAGCCUUGGAUACAGAGAGUACCAUCAUAACUCCACAGGCCACAUUGCAGCCUGUGGGUCAUAAUAUUUACAAAUUUUUAUUUAUUUUUCCCAUUUCUAUUACUGUUUGAAGUUUCAUUUUUCCUUUAUGUUCCUGCCAUGCCCUUUCCUGUCCUUAAACAGUGCAAAGAUGCUUUCUUCUUUCACUUCUCUUUUCUUUUCACUCACCCUUUUCUUUCUUCUUAUACAGUCUUGCCUCAUGGUCUUGUGGUUUUCUGCCUCAGCCUGGAGUGGUCAUUAUAUUGCUUCGGGAGAGGAAAUUCUUUCUGUCCCAGUUUCUCAUCUGUAAUUCUUGGUUUGAGUUCUUUAAGGAAACAGGGUAGGACCACUCCUCUUUUUAACUGGACUAAAAAGAGGAGUUUUUAACUAGUUAAGAACUCCUCUUUUUAACUAGAGUAACUUUUACCUGGUUAGUUGUGGAUUACUUCUCUUUGAGGUUGCAUUGGGGUCUGGAAGGACAUAGAAGUAUAGAUCAAGACUCAGACUGAAAAAUACAUCAUCAACAACAACAUCAGCAACAAUAAAAUCCCAGGGAUUCUCAAUCUCUAAAUUACCAGGGAGAUUUGACAAUUACCGAUACCUGUCUCCUAUUCUUACAAAUUAUGAUUUAAUCCAUUUAGGGGUAUGCCUGGGAAUCCUAACUUCUAAAAACUCCUGGGUUGAAACCAGUUAUUAAUGAGCGGGUUAUAAAUGCUGUAGAAAGCAGGUGUGCGUAGGAGGGUGUUAGGCUGAGCCAGCAAUAUGGAGAGUAAGAUCAGGAUGGAAUUAUGUUCCCUUAGUAACUGGCAGGAAUUUUCAGGAAGCCAGAAUUACCCAGGUAAACACGAAGAUUUUCUUGAUGUUCCAUUCCUUUCGCAGGCCAGUUUGUGUGUAGUAGUUUCUCUCCCAGUCUCAUUACCCUUCUCCCUUGUGUCUUUGCCCAGAGAGCUUACCUAGUGUUUUGUUUGAGUAGAAUGACUUUUCAAAAAAAUUACUUUAGAACUUUUUAGUAAUCAUUUUCCCACUCAACACUUUGUCUUAACUGUUUCUGAGGUACCCUGGAGGUCUCUUGUCUAGGGGAUAUCCUGUUACAGCUUGACCUAGAGAAAAAUGCUGUUCUGCAAAGCUGGCUAUACUCAUUGCCAGCUUAAAGUGGUAUCUGUCAUGCCACAUAGAAGAGUAUAGCAGUGAUGGGACAGUGUUAUCAAGAGAACUGUCCAAAAGGAAGUGCAGUUGGUCUCAAGCCAAAGGCAAGUCUCUUUAGCCAGUGCUAAUGCAUGGACAGGUGCCAGUUCUUUGAGCAAAUGCUUGACAAUAGACUUGGUCCUGAGUACAGAAGAGGAAUUAAUGUCAGAUAUUUGUUGAACUCUUCAGUGCUAGAGUGUGUGUCCAAUACUAAAUGUAUUAUCUUAGAUAAUCCUUUUAUAUACUUCUUAUUUUUGUUUUGUGUUUGUUUUUGAAUUAGGGUCUCAUUGUGUAAUCCAGAAUGAUUUUAUAACUCAUUUUAUAGCUGCAAACUUCCCAAAUUUUACAGUAAUCCUCCUGCCUCAGCCUUCUCAAUGCUGGUAUUAUAGUUGUGCACCACAGCCAGCUUCUUUUCUGGAGUAUGUAUUAUUGUUUCAUUUUUAAGGUUCAGAAAAACUAAUUAACCAAUAACACACAGUAAGUAGUUAACAACAGAUUAGUGUGUAAUGAGAGAAACACAAAUGGCUUAGUGAGAAGGAAGUGGACAGGAUGCAAGAGAAGCCACAACAGUCCACAUGAGAAACCUCAGUUUUCUUAAGACAGCUGAAACCAAGUUCCUUCUCUUUUGUGCCUAUUUGGCAAGGCCCUCACACAAUUACCAUCUUUGAUAUUAGGGCUGUAAUUUUUAAUGUUUAUGGUUUUGCCUACAUGUCUGGCUGUGCAUCAUGAGUGUGUGUACUUGGUGCAAUUGGAGGCCAGAAGAGAUCAUUGGAUUCUUUGGACUGGAAUUAGAGAUAGUUCUGAGCUGCCAUGUGGGUGUUGGGAAUCGAACCCUCAUCCUCUGGAAGAACAGUCAGUGCUUUUAAUCACUGAAGCAUUCUCUCCAUUCCUGAUCCAGCUUGUCAUUGUGUUACUGAAGCUGGUCUCCCAGUUAUGUACUUCUGACUUAAUUGCUACAUUGUAAUAUGUAUACCAUCCUUUCAUUUUGGCUGACAAGGAAAAGAAAUACAGUGUAGUGUAGUUGGCAGCUCUGUUUCUCCCAAAAGAAAUUUUGAUGAACACUGAGGUGGAAUAAGAGGCAUAUAGAGACAAGUAGAAUGGACAGAAUCAUGUCCUUCUGCACCUCUGCAGUGUAGAAGUAAGCUGACUGAGAAGCAAAUGCAGAUGACAAGGGGAUCUAGAAUGAGAAGACAUGCAUGAGGACAGUGCAGGGAUGGCUUUAUUGGUCAAAUAGGAAGCAGAAGAUUGGGUUCUAGUAAACUACUUGGCUGGACGUUCUCAUCUUCUGCCCUGUUCUUGCCUUCCAAUUCCCAUGAAUUUGUAGGCUUCCUAAAUUCUAUGAUGCUAUACCUUAACUUGAAUAAGUCUGUUUUUCCUUUUUAUUCAGAAUCUGACACUGAAAGAUGCUCAAGGAAAACAGAUAACUAAGUCAUGAGUGAGUUGGUGAGCCUGAGGGUUGGACUGUUUGGGCCCUAUCUUUCUGGGAUUUGUUUCCCAUGUGGCACCAUCCUGUGGUUAUCUUUGGAAAAAGAGGUGCUGAUUGCCUUGAGGAUAUGAGAGUGAAGUGGAUGGAGGUAGGAAAUACAUAACUAGGACUGUUUAUGCAGAGAACAUGGGAUUCUUUGCAUGAAUCUCGUGGUGACUGCAGGGAGAACUGUACAGAUUCUUGAUGCUUUAUUUAAAGUUUUUGAGAUAAAUAUGAAAUAAAGCUGAUAAUUUUUAAGUUUACAGAAAGGAAAUAAUAUUUCAUAUGUUUUGGAAUGUCCCCAUUGAGAUUCAGGGCAAUGCCUCUAGUCAAACCUGUCAGUGUUCUUUUCAGUUAAAUAUGUGAACCUUUCACAUAUUUCACUAAGUAAAAUAAAGGCUUUAAAUAGGAUCAUAAAGAUUGGGGCCAAAGUUGUGGAGAAGAUGUUUCUACAGAGAUUAUUUAUUUUGAAAAUAUAGGUGAUGGGUAGUGGGCAUAUAGUUAAUUCUCAGGUUAUUACGAAGAACGAGAAUGAGAGUGUGCUGGCAAAGCUUUCUGCACAUAUCACAUGGGAGGUAUGUAUGGAAGAUCGUCGAAACACAGGCGUGUUAGAGUUUUGGCUUGAAGAAAAAACAUUCUCAGCACCGGCUUUGGAACAAGCAAACUGGGAGAAGUGUGCACAGCUAGGAGUUGAAGGUGCCUUAUCUUCCCAUGGUGGGAUGGUAACAGACUCACUGCUCAUGAGCAUCGAUUGCACAUGACUUCCCUUUCCAUGUAUCAGAGAAGAAAACGGUGUGUGUAUGUAUGUGUGAUAUGGGACUAUCACACACUAAUUCCUUUAUAUUUCUUUAUAACAAUGUAAUAAAUAUCCUACUGCCAUA